UUCAAAAGAUGUACAUUUAUAUUCGGCUCUGGUGGACAACUGGAACGGUUCACACCGUCGGAUGCCGACCGACUUGUAACGUCCGUCAUAGAGCCGAUGGCCUGCGACGGCCUAAGGACCAUCGGCAUAGCCUACAAAGAUUUCGUGAUCGGGGAUGAAGCCCACAUCAAUCAAGAGAGGUGCGAUGGGGAGCCGAACUGGGACGAUGAACAAAACAUAGUGCAAAAUCUUACAGCCAUCUGCAUCGUCGGUAUAGAAGAUCCUGUCAGGCCUGAGGUACCUGAGGCCAUACGGCAGUGUCAAAAAGCAGGCAUCACGGUGCGGAUGGUGACAGGUGACAAUAUCAACACUGCGCGAUCCAUCAGUAUGAAAUGCGGUAUCAUUCGACCAGGGGAUGACUUUCUUGUAUUGGAAGGAAAGGAUUUCAACUCAAGGAUACGAGACGCCAACGGAGAAGUACAACAACAACUUUUGGACAAAAUUUGGCCGCGAUUAAGGGUUCUAGCUCGUAGUUCACCCACAGACAAAUACACUUUAGUGAAAGGUAUCAUAGACAGUAAGCUACACGCUAACAGAGAAGUCGUCGCGGUCACAGGAGACGGCACCAAUGAUGGUCCUGCUCUGAAAAAAGCAGAUGUUGGCUUCGCUAUGGGUAUUGCGGGGACAGAUGUAGCAAAAGAGGCUUCCGACAUCAUCUUAACAGAUGAUAAUUUCACAAGCAUCGUUAAAGCUGUUAUGUGGGGACGAAAUGUAUAUGACAGCAUCGCCAAGUUCCUUCAGUUCCAGCUGACAGUCAACGUCGUGGCAGUCAUAGUGGCCUUCGUUGGAGCAUGCGCAAUCGAAGACAGUCCUUUGAAAGCAGUGCAAAUGCUCUGGGUAAAUCUAAUCAUGGACACUUUAGCUUCUCUGGCCUUGGCAACAGAGAUGCCAACCCCCCAACUGUUGUUGAGGAAGCCUUACGGCAGGACAAAACCUCUCAUCUCCAGGACCAUGAUGAAAAACAUUCUUGGACAUGCCAUUUAUCAGCUGACAGUCAUCUUCACUUUACUUUUCAUCGGGCACCGCAUCUUCGACAUCGACUCGGGCAUGUACGCGCCCUUACAUUCUCCGCCUACGCAGCACUUCACCAUCAUCUUCAACACUUUCGUCAUGAUGACCCUCUUCAAUGAGAUCAAUGCUCGAAAAAUCCACGGAGAGAGGAACAUCUUUGAGGGCCUUCUCACAAACCCCGUCUUCUACAGCAUUCUCGUUGUCACCGCCGCCGCUCAGGUUGUAAUUGUUCAGUUUGGAGGCCGGGCUUUUUCGACAGCUCCUCUCUCUCUGGACCAAUGGCUGUGGUGCUUGUUUUUAGGUGCCGGGGUACUGGUGUGGGGCCAGUGCAUCACCUCCAUCCCCACAAAGAAGAUCCCCAAGACGUUCACGUGGGGUUCGGGCAACCCAGAGGAUCUCGACGCUGGAGGAUCUUUGGUGGAGGACACAUCCAGGGGUUCAAUCUCUCAGGAAGUGAAGAGAACGGGACAGAUCCUUUGGAUCAGAGGACUCACACGCCUUCAAACUCAGGUGAUUGGCGGGGAGCUGCAAGACAGAUUGAUACCAGUUCCCUAUAGUAAAGCCGCUACCGAUGAAGCGAUUCGUGUGGUGAGUGCGUUCCGCAGCGGGAUGGACUCGCGCAAGAAUUCUACAACGGACGCAAGCGGAGCCCUAGGCCGCUCUGCCAGCAAGCGCGUUCCCCUCUUGCAUCCCAACGCCACGGCCUCCACCAGCGCCGAUGUCAUCAAAGAUGCAACUACCAGUAAUGACAAGAAGAACUCCGCUCACAACGAAACCCCUGUUUGAAUUACUAACCCUUUUCGCUCUCUUUUCCUUCUCUCUCUAUCUCUCUAAUAUCUUCUUUUUCUCGUGCGAGGAGAAAGGAAAAAAAAUCCAAAUUUUUUUUCUGGCUGUCUCACUCGUAGUACUAGAAGACACUACUUAGCGGCCUCAAGAGCAAGCCGUUCGAUCCGGUUCUGUAACACUGUGUGUGUUUUUAUAAUCCAGUAGAAGAAAGAGAAGACUGUAGAGAAUAUAUUAUAUAUAUAAAUAUAUAUAUAUAUAUAUAUAUAAAUAUAAAAAUAAACAAGGGAAGAAGUUAGUUCCCAUAGACCAAAUAGAUCAUCGCUCUUUAGUGUGUUAGAUCGUGACUACAUAAACAAAAACAUUGCUGAGGUUCAACAGUGGCAACUUAAUCACGUGUACAUUUGUAAAGUGCUCAACAACAACAAAUUAAAAAGAGGAUGUCGUUCGCUGUUCUGAAAAUAUCAAAAUGGUGAACUGUGGUGAUAGUCGCAGACACCUGAAGACUUUCUCGAUCCAACUUUCCUCGUUCGAUUUCCUUCAAUGAGUGCUGUCGGUGCCCAUUGCAAACGUCCGGUGCCACUCUUUGACGCAUCGAGAUUUUGACAACGAGUUACAAAGCCAACAAAUAAAAAAUUAAAAAAAACUCCAUGCCAAGUUCCUCUUCUUCGCUUUAUGUUCUUCGAGCUGCAAGGAGGACGAAGAAUGCGAUGGAGACGACGUCGAGGAAAGGGUGGUCAAUAAUUAGAAAUCUCUUCCACUAAUAAAUACCCUUAAAUUCAUCGGUGGCUAUCUAAAUGUUGGGCAUGGAAACCCAUUUUUAGAUAUUGUAAAUACUUUAAAAACGCCGACCCGCUAACUUAACUAUUAGAACCGAAUUUGCAGGAUAGAGGUGAAAUAAUAGAUUGGUGGUGUUUCAAAAUGAACCGAGUGCUUUCUUAAAAUAGAAGUGCAAGAAACACGACCAAAUACAGUUUUCUGGCCUCUUUAAUUUUUAAUUAGAAUUUUAAAGCUUCAACAAGAGUUGCGCUCUGAUGUGGAUUCUGUCAGUUUUAUAUCUUAACCCUUGUCAACGAAAUACUCGCGCAUGCGCAAUAGAAUUUAUAGUUUAUGUAAAUCAGGAACGUAAGUCAUGCAAUUUUUCGAAUGUACGGUAUCGCUGCGAUGCGUAGUUAGAAUGUAGGAUGCAGAGGAAAGGGGGUCAUCUCCCAUUCUACGUAGAUGUAGCUUUGCAAACAACGGUGCUGUAAAGUUGGAAUACAGGUAUCCCUUAUAUAUAAACCACCAGAUACUUAAUUGAUGAAUAUCAAGUACAACUCAUGAAUUACCUGAGAAAUAAUUUAUCGUAUCACGAAAAUUAAAUUUCACAAUACCUUGAUGAAUUUUAGGUGCACAUAUCAAAAUCAACAUCUGAAAAUAAAAUUAAUGUUACUAUAUUAUGUGUAAAUACAUGCGUAGUAAAUAUAUGGAUAAAGAAAAAUUGUAUAAAAGUAGAUUUAAAGAUAUAAAACUUUUUAAAAUGCUCAAAAAAUUUCAAAAAAUUUUACUGCGCAUUUAAAAAGCAAUUCAUAGGGAGAAAACUGAAUAGGAGACAAAGUAAAUAUUUUUAAACUUACUUUUAGAAAAUUAACAUUUCUUAACCUAUUUUAUCAUUCUUAAUUAAUCAUUAAAAUGAAAUAUUUAUUGUAGAAUACCGAAGUUCUAAUAUUCCUGCACUUUCUCACCUAGCAUUAUCUUCCUUAACUUAUGAAUGUUAUAUGAUAUGUUAAUAUGAGAAUCAUAUUUUUUAGACACGACAGUGAAUUCGAAAAUAUAUACAUGCUUUACUUGGUAUGCAAACCUCAAAUUAUAUCAUUUAUGGUUAAGGUUCUUCAACAAACGUAAGCCACAAGUCGCAAUUUUCAGUAUGAUUGAUUAUAUAUUUUAACUCGUUUGGAGUAGUUUGAAAUCUUUAAUUCUCAAGGAUGCACUUUUGGGAAGCUUUAGGAAAUUGGAUAAAAUCAUAGCUUUAUAUUGAAGUCUCUUGCAUUCCUUGUCUAAAAUCCUUUUUUGUCAAUUAAUAUAUGCGUAUUAUUUGAAUGUUUUAUUACUGAGAAAGAUCUAUGUUCAAAAAUAAAAAUGUAUGUCAAUUAAUUUAUUAAUGUAAAUAAAUUAAUUAAAAUACAUUGUAGAAAAUUACAUAAUAAAAAUUCAUUUAUUAAUUUUCACAUAACAUAGGGAUACCUGUAUAGUUAAAAAUUUCUUAAUUUACGGUUUACGAUUUCAGUUACUUCUACUCUUUAAAAUAACUUACUCCUAUAUUAUACAAGUUUAAUAUUGUCAAAACGUUUGCUACAAAGCAAAUGUAUAGAACUUUAAUACUAAAGAAUUUGUAAAUAUGUCAUUUGUAGUAGAAUAAGAAAACAAAAUCGUGUCUUGGCGUUAAACAAAUAUUUAACAAUUUUUCUAUUAAAUGCAACUAACAGGGAAAGAUCGGAAUCGAAGUCAAAGAGAUAACAUCGCUUUCUCUUAUAUACCUCUAAUCAUCAGUAUAACUAUACAUAAGCAGCGUCAUAAAUCCUUGCACGGCAUAUCAUUUUUUGCUGCUUUCUCAAAUAAAUGAGAAAUUUUUUUGAAAAACAAUGUAAGACAAAAAGAAUUAUUGAAUGUUCUCACACAUUCGGACAAAAUAUUAUCAUGCUUUGUACAAAAAAUAAUAUUGCAUUCAUCGAAAUGUAUAUAAGAGUUCGUCUUAGCAAGUCCUUAAAACAUUCCUUAUAAAUGCAAACCCAUUAAAUGCUUAGACGAUGUGGUGCUGUAGUUGAUUUUUUGAAAUUUAGAUCAGGUUUCAUAACUGCAUAUCGUUCACGAUGUAUGAAAGCCAUGUUUAUAAAUUAUGGUAUGCAUUUUUAGUUCCUUUUUAGCCUUAUCCAAGCCGAGAUAUUUUGCAUAGACAUUAUACAGGGCUUUUGGCCACUUUUAGAGAAGGUUUGAUACAAUCAUUCUUCCUAAUUCGCUCGAAAUUUUGCAAGAUAUUAUGAAUUAAAGCAGUAUGUGCAAUAUUUAUUUUCACUUUCAAUCCAAAAUUAUAUUGUUUACAUUUUAAGUUACAAACUUUGAAUUAUAUUAUUUAAGUAUCGUUACAGUGUUUCAGUCUGAUGAUUCAAAUCUUAACACAUUGAUCUAGUUAAAUGUGAUUAUUAGAUUGAAACCUUGACCUUAAUCUAGGAUUUCGUGGUAUUGUAGAUUUUAGCUACAAGUAAAUGAAUCGCUUAAAAGUUUUUGACAUGUUCCACAUUAGAAAAAUAGAACGUAAAGAAAACUUCCCAGUUAUGUUUCUGAAUUCCUUGACCUCAUAUUUGCAGCGUAAAUUGAAUUUCGCUGAAUGAAUAAAUUUUUAAAAAAAAUUUAAUAAAAAAGAACUGAAAUUAUUUUAAAACAACGAACUUUUAUCAAAGAAACUUUCUUAAUGUAAUAUAAAUUAAUAUUGUUGGAGAAACUCCUCGGGUAAAAAAUUUUAACAUUGUCUAAAUUUCCAUGUUUCAAAAUUCAUGGAUUUUUAUAUCUACAAAAACAAGAGGCGAAAUAUAAAUCACUAUUCCUCAUUUUAAGAUGUAAUUUUUGUAUUCUGUAAUUAUAAAUUCAGAAAGCUUGGUGUUUUUUAAUGUUAGACUCACGAAAUCUUGUUGGAAAAGUUGUAUUUUGAUUAAUAUGAAAAUUUAGAAUAUAAUAAUUUAAUCACUUUAAAAGCGAGCAAAUUUUAAUACGAAGGAAAAUUUUCCCUAAAUUUAUAUAUUUCGAAAACUUUUAUUGGUAUUAAAUUACUACAUAAAGAAUAGAAAACAUGAAAAUGGGAAAUUUUCAUAUUGAAAAAUAGUUAUUCAUUUUUUGAAGAAUAUAUAAAAAUCCCUGCGUCGUCUCCAUUCAUUCUAUAUAUAUACAUAUAUGUUUCCUCCAGAAUUUAUCAAAGAAAAAAAAAGUUUUUUGUGUCCUCUUCCUCCUUUUUAUCACGGGACCAUUCAGUGCGAAUUCUUUUAGUGUUGUUUGUUUGCUUUUUUUUUCUUUGCACAUGGAAUGGAAAUUUUAUUUCAUUGAUUUUUGUUGUAUGUGUGUGUAUGUCUUUACCUGCUUUGCACUGGCGGCUUUCAAUAAAAUCAUUGCAUGAGUGUUUCCCAAAUUUUAAAAAUAGUCUUUAAAAAAUUUUUUUCGAGAAGUUUCUGGCAUUCCUUAUAAAAUUUUGUAUCUUAGAGAUUAUACGGUUAAAAAUUUGCUCAUGAAAACUUCAUAUAAGCAAGUAUAUGAUAUUUAAUCAUUGUUAUCGUUACUUACCGCAGACUUAAACAAAUUUUAUAUUUAUUAGUUAAUUCAAACUAUACAUAUCAAACAGAGAUGAGGAAAUAAUACUAGCGAGUAUACUAAUUAACCCAAAAAUUUAACUGAGAAUGUUUAUAUGCCCAUAAGGGGUAAAGUAUAGUAAGUAUCUAUAAUAAUGUAUAAUGUUUCACACAGACGGUUAAACAGUAAACAUGCAGAUAGAAUCACUGCAUAAAUUUCCCACUUUUCAUAUUUUAAAAGAAAUAAUAAUUAAAACAUAUUACUUAUAUUUAUAAAUUUUAAAAUACCUUAUUUAUAACGAAAAAUAAAUAAUUAAUUUAAUAGAAAGGCAAUAAAAAUUUUAUUUAAUUGAAACUCAAGUCACCAAAGAAGAAAUUAAAGCAAAAAUGACUGUAUGUUUACUUACUGUACACUUACGAAAAAAAAUCUCAACAGUUUAAAGGCACAUAUAUAUAUAUAUAUAUAUAAAAAUUGGUACUUCAAAGUUCGAAAUAUUCCAAACUAACUGUUACUAGGAAUAAAAGUUCUCAGAUCUUUCUCUGUUCCAUAUUUUUCUGAACAAAAUGGGAAGAUCUAUGUAAUUCUUUAACAUUUGUAAAAGCGUAUUAAUAUUUAAGAGUCUAAACCUAAAAUUAUAUUCAUAAAAUAAUAACUUAGUAUGUAAAUAAAUCUGCAUUGCAGUUAUAAAAAUGAUUUAAAUGGCAAACUUAUGAAAUUUAUCGUUUUCGCAAAUUUUAGUAUUUAAAUAUGUUUAUAUAGAAAAGUCAGCUGAACUUUUAAUUAAAUUUAAAAAUAAUUAAAAUUUCAGUUUCAGCUUUUAUUUAAAUUCCUUAAAAGAAUAAAUACUAAAUAAAAUUUGCUACAGAAAUCACACAGUAACAAAUUUUUUAAGGAACAUUUUUUGAUAUUUUUAUGUUUUUAUCCACAUUAUCGUAAACAAAUUAGAAUUCCGGACUUAUUAUUCGUAAUGAGGUGGGCAUGUAAAAACUUUAUGUGAGGUAUUUUAGUUUUCUGUAACGAUUUCCUGAUUUUCCUUCAUUAUCGUAUAUAUAUACAUAUGUAAAAUAUUUUAGGGAACACAGUUUUAAAAAGAAUUUUAAUUAAAUGAUUCGCAACCAUUUAAUUAAAAUAUUAUUUGUAAUAUUUAAUUUUAUUUGUAGAUGUAAGCCCAAUUACGUAAAAACACAUGCUGAUCAUGGCUACUGUUGGAAAUUUUUUACAGUGAACUGAUAAGUUAUUGUGCUUGAUGUAAGAAAUCUUUCCAAUUUUAAAAUAGUAUGCUUAAGUUACAUAGUGCUAAUUAUUAAACACUGCCAAUUUUUGUAUUCGUCUGUUAAAGCUAUAUAUGGUAUUUGUGCAUGAAGUUUUAGCAUACAUUAGCAUCCUAUACGUAAUAGAUAUCAUUUUUUGAUUUGUAUUCUACAGUUUUCUGAAUGUUAUAUUUCCUUUUCUAUGAAACUAUAAUGAUGAUUUAGUCCUUGUGAGACAUUAUAAUGAUAAUAAUGUAAAGUACAUAAAGAAGUGUUUUCGAGGUGUUGCUAUAGCUUAUUACUGCAUUAAUGUUUGCCUUGGUAUAAAAAUAAAUCUUUGGAGAAUUUUUCUCUGUCCUGACACUGAUAAUAUUUAAGUCAGAAUGUUGUAAAUGUAUGUUGAAGUUUUAUUUUAUACGAAAUGAUUAAAUUUCGUAUUUUCCCAAAGUUAUGACUGAAGUUCUAAAGCUUUUCACUCUUUAAUAACUUUUGAUUGAAAGGGUAAGUCUGAAAUAGAUUCAUCGUUCUACGAAGUGAACAAGUAACGUACUUUAAGUAACAUAUUGUAUACCAUUAAACAAAAUAUUAAAAUAUUUAAUACUCAGGAACAAUAAAUCAACGUCAUUAAUUAAGAAAUAAUAACAUAUAAAGUUUAUUUUAUUUUUUCUAACUGAUACUAAAUAACUAGUUUGAAUACUAUGUCAAAGAAAAACUUUUAUAAAGCGUUCUUAGUCAGUUCAAAACUCAGUUUUAAUUAGUUGCUUCAGAUUUAUAAAGAAAUCUCUGUUCCUCUGUAAUUAUGCUCGUAAACCAAAUUUUAAAAGGUGAAAUUGAAUAGUAAAUUGUUUUACCUGUUUGUUUAUUAAUAAAAUAUUUUCGUUUAUAAUAUUUUUUUUAUUUUAUUUCAACUAACCUUAAGUUUUUAACUAAAAUUGUCAUACAGCUUUCUUAUAUUUAAUGCAAUGCAAGCAGAUCUUUUUCCAUAAGUGAAGCUUUGCCAGUUCAGAAACAGACCAAAAGAAAUUUUUGUAAUAUUAUGUCAAAGCAGAAAAAAUGAAAUGAAGUACAAAUUUAGCUCUUCUAAUUAUAUUUAGGUCAAUCGAAAUAUUUGCCCUUUUCAUGCCGUUUACAUUUCUCCAGUUUUGGCUUGUACGUAUUAAAAUACUUUUCUCCUGAAAGAAAAUAGCAAACACGGAGUUAGAAAUUAUCUAAUGUAACAAAAUGUUCGAAAUGAGAAAGGAAGUUGAUUUAAUUUCGCCUGAUAAGCAUACAUUCGUUCAGUUCUUUUAAUGUUGCAACAGCUGCUAUUAAAGUACUAUUAUAAGCUGAAGAAAUUUUAAUAUGUACAUUUGAUAAUGAUGUCAUGGAUUAAAAUAAGCAGUAAGGCUAAAUUGUUGGACUUGAAAACUUUGCUUGCCAUUAACUUAAACCGAGUUUAAAUAAAUAAAGUUCAGACUAUGAAGUCGUCCUUAUAAGUAAAGAUUUCUAAUGCAUCAACCUAGGUGCGCGAAAAUAGCAACUCAACAGGAGGAGGGCCGCCAGUGUGGAUUAUGGACUUAUAAAUAAUCUUAGUGAAUAAAUAUUUAAUUUCAUGGAUGUGUCCCAUUGCUGUGCUUAAGUCAUGACUACUAUACAACGAGUUACAAGUUUUGAAAGAAAGAUUGUGUAAGUAGUUGAAAGUAUGCCAAAAGAAUGGCUUGUUAUUAAAGUUCUACUCUUACUUCUGA